CAUUGAAUGCCUUCUCCCUUACAGGUCCUCGAAAAAACCGUUCUUUCCUUCCGUGCCCCAUAAUUCCCUCCCCUUGUCGCGUCCGUCUCCAACGUCUCCCAAGCCUCGCUCUCUAGUCCCUCUCCCCUCCACCCUCGCCUCCUCGCGCCGCCGGAGCCCUAUCCCCGCCAGCCGCCAAUGCCGCCAUCCUCCCGCGCCUCCGCGUACUCCUUCGCCCUGCCGCCCCGCGCCCCCCGCCGCCUCCGCCAUCACCGUCCGCUCAAAGGCACACCCGCCGCCGCAAGCACCGGUGGCGGCGGACGCCGAGGCUGGCCGGCUACCCCGCAGCUGCGUUGGGCCGCGCGGGGCGGCGAGGGCAAUGCCGGCGCAGAGAAGCCGCGCGGGGACCCGGCCACCUCCGUGAGACGGCUGGCCGCGGCGGUGUGGCGGCUGCGCCCGCCGGAGGAGGCACCCGCCGGCGAGCGCGACGUCACCGGCCGUGUCGGCCUCGAGCAUAUACCGAGACAUUUACAAGCUCAGCUUCUGAGGAGGGAUCCUCUUGGUCACCACCAUCAUCUGAAGAAUGACAGUUCAAGCCCCGACUCAGUCCUGGAGCCACGUAGUGGAGAGCUUCACAAGGUACAGCUUCAUCUUGCCUCUAACUUGGAGAACGUAACAAAAUGGGAGCCUAUGAACAUAAAGGGGAUUGAACCUGAUGGGGCCUAUGUGAUUGCUAGUCAACUAAAUCUAGUUGAGGAACAGCAAGGGGAAGGUUAUGUUGCUGCCCUCCAGAUGGAGCUUCAUCAGGCACGGGAUAAGGUGAGUGAGCUAGAAGCCGAGCGGCUUUCAGCCAAGAAGCAACUUGAUCACUUGUUCAAGAAACUCUCAGAGGAGAAAGCAGCUUGGCAAAACAGAGAGCACAAGAAGGUUCGAGCCAUUCUUGAAGAUAUGAAGGCAGAUCUUGAGCAUGAGAAAAAGAACCGGAGGCAAUUGGAGACUAUUAACUUUAAGCUUGUUGAUGAGUUAAAAGAGGUCAAAAUGGCGGCAAAGCAGCUGCUGCAGGAGUAUGACAAUGAGCAGAAGACGCGCGAACUUACAGAGGAGGUGUGCAACAAGCUGGUGAGGGAGAUAGAGGAACACAAGUCAGAGAUAGAAGCAUUGAAGCAGGAUUCUCUCAAACUGCGGGGGGAGGUGGAUGAGGACAGGAAAUUGCUACAGAUGGCUGAGGUGUGGCGUGAGGAGCGUGUGCAGAUGAAACUUGUUGAUGCAAAACUCACUCUUGAAGCCAAAUAUGAACAGUUGAGCAAACUACAGCAGGAUGUCGAGGCUUUCAUCUCCACUUUCAGCUCUGCCAAAGGAGACAGCGCACUUGUCCAAGCAGCAGAUAACAUGGUACAAGCAAUUGGAUCAGUCAGAGCACAAGAGGUUGAAUUCACGUAUGAGCCACCGCGGGCAUCAGAAGAUAUACUGUCCAUCUUUGAAGAGCUGCGCCCAAGUGAAGAGCCUGAGAAAAAGAAGACCGAACCGUGCCAUAAGCAAAGUUACGCAUUUUACGAGACAGAAAUCCAAGAAGCUAGCCCGAUGGCUGAUAUAUUCAUGGAAAACCGAGCCAAAUUGUUCCCAGAUGGAAGCCCUUGUGAUGAGAGCGAGACAGAAGAUGCCAGCAGCUGGGAGACCAUGAGCCAUGAAGAGAUGCAGGGCUCAAGCCGUUCGCCGUAUGGAAGUGAACAUUCAAUCAACAAGAUCUUUGACAGAAUUUCAUGGACAAGUGGAAAUGAUUCCGAGGGUGGCCAGAACAACAAGCUGUGUGAUGACUUGAGCAAUAAUUACUUGACAGACAUGAAACAGCCCAAGAAGAAAGAGUCGGCCAUAUCGAAGCUCUGGAAGUCAUCCCCUCUGAAAAACUUUGAUUUCCGCGCGAAAGAAGCUGCAGAGAUGAUAAAUGGGAGAUCAUCAAAUGCAAGUCUCCCAAAUGGCGUGUAUUCUACUACCAAAGGCGCGAAUCAAGAAAUGGGACUCAGCUCCCCAAGUACAGCGCAAUGGAGCUCUCCGGACUCGAUGAACAGUCAGCUCAACCGGGGUUUCAGAGGCUGCAUGGAGCUGGUUCAGAGGCAGAGCCUGAAGGCGAAGCUUCUGGAAGCUCGGAUGGAAAGCCAGAAGAUUCAGCUCCGUCAUGUGCUCAACCAGCAAACUUAAGUUAGAACUGCAAUCUGCGUCAAGAAAUAAAAUUCCAAGCAAUGGAUUUACUUCAUUUCUCUCGUGCAUUGUAGCAUGUAACCUAGUCUCCUGUAUUUUCACUACAUAGAACUGAAUAGCUAGCUGUAGCCUUGUAGCUGACCUGGCCAUAGUUGAUGCUUCUGUCUAAUUGUAGCAGUACAUAUGACAGGUUGUACCGUUGAGUGUCAUCUUGAUGUGUAAUGUAGCAGUAAACAAGAAGCAAUGUUUAGACAAACUGCACUGGCAAUGAAGAAAUGUUC